GAGUGAGGGAGGGGGGCAGUGUGUGGGGACGUAAGGAGGAGAAAAAAAUCUAGCUAGUAAAUCUGACAAAGCGUCUGAGAACAGAACGAGGAUUGUCGGGGGAGAAGACACCGAGCCGAGAGGGACCGUAUAUUGAUGGAUUCUAUGUUCUUGGAUAGUAGAUUGGCGUUCGUUUCCGCGCUCUAGUUCUCACACGUUGUGAGAUUUACAUUUACAGUGCUUUAGAACACUGACAUAAAUGCCUGUAAAAGAAAGUUGCUGAGGAAGUGAAGUUUCGGGAACUUAUGCCUUUCUCUCUGUUUUCGGAGGAUAUAUGCAUUGAAACGCGGAUUUCUUCAAGUGCAGUGGACUACUUAAUAUUUUGGAAUACAUGAACCAAAUGUUUUCAGUUAUUUGAGUCGGUUCUUUUGGGUUCUGCUGCUUUAAGCUUUGCAUUUUUUGGUGCAGUGGGGAGUAAGAGCUACACAUUCCUCUCUCGUUCCGGCCCGUGCAUUCGGCUCUCUGUGCAUGCAAACAGGAGAUCUUAAACACUUUAGUCCGUCUUGCCCAGGUGAUUACUGGGACUUCCAGUGGGUGACAGGCCAGACAGCUUGCAGUUGAUGGUUGGGUGGAGCCCCUCAGAUGGGAUCCGUGUCCAGGGGGAGGCGAAGGAGGGGGCCAUGGCUGGACCUGCACCCCAGUAGAGGCAUGGCCUCGUGGGCAUGGCUUCUGGCGGCUGUCCUGCUGUCGCUGCUGACGGCCACCCUAGCCAGACCACCGUUCACUGCUACAGAGGAGGAGGAGGGGGUGGCCACGACGGAGCCUGAAGAACCUCCAACCAAAUACCAGAUCUCUAAGCCCACGCUCUGCUCGCUCCUGCCGGGGGAGGUGCUGAAGCUGAGUUGCCCUCUGCCCCAGGGCAGCAUCACCUGGACCAAAGAUGGCACCUCCCUGGGGGCCAACAACCGCACCCUGAUAGAGCAGGCGGUGCUCCAGAUCCGGGAUGCCACGCCCCGGGACUCAGGGCUGUACGUGUGCAGCAGUGGCCUGGCUGGGGCCCCGGGUUCCGAGAGCCUUCAGCUCUGCUUCAUAGUCAACAUCACAGAUGCCAUCUCGUCUGGGGAUGAUGAAGAUGACAGCGAGCGUUCGGAGGACGUGGGGGCAGAUGCAGCCGACCAGAUGAGGACACCCUACUGGACUUCUCCAGAGAAGAUGGAAAAGAAGCUGCAUGCUGUUCCUGCUGCCAACACCGUCAAGUUCAAGUGUGCGGCAGGAGGGCACCCGCGCCCACGCCUGCGCUGGCUGAAGAACAGCCGUCCCUUCCGCCAGGAGGACCGCAUGGGCGGGUACAAGGUGCGCCACCAGCACUGGACCCUGAUCAUGGAGAGCGUGGUGCCGUCAGACAAGGGCAACUACACCUGCCUGGUGGAGAAUGAGUAUGGAGCCAUAAACCACACCUACACCCUGGAUGUAGUGGAGCGCUCCCCUCACAGGCCUAUCCUGCAGGCGGGGCUUCCGGCCAACACCACGGUCCACGUGGGGGAGGAUGCACGCUUUGUGUGCAAGGUGUACAGUGACGCCCAGCCCCACAUCCAGUGGCUGCAGCACAUCCAGAAGAACGGCAGCCACGUGGGGCCUGAUGGACACCCUUACGUACGCGUGCUCAAGCGCUCGGGCAUAAACAGCUCUGAUGUGGAGGUGCUGACCCUGUCCAACGUGACGGAGGAGGAUGCGGGGGAGUACACCUGUAAAGUCUCCAACUAUAUAGGAGACGUCAGCCAGUCUGGCUGGCUGACUGUGAUCCCAGGUAACAGACCCCUGAACCUCGACCCCUGACCCUGCUCCCUGCUGGCCUCUCCUGUCACUGACCUGCUGGUGUGCUGUGGUGGUCUGGUCCUGGUUCUGGUCCUGGUCCUGGUGGUCUGGUCCUGGGUACUCUCCUACUAUCUCAGCUGCUCUACUGUGACUGCUGCCAUGGAAACACCUCUGGGUUUGCACACUCACAUCCUGCAACACUUCCUUCCACUCUCUCUCUCCCUCUCUCUCUCUCUCUCUCUCUCUCUCUCUCUCUCUCUCUCUCUCCAUCUACCUGUUGUUCUCUCUCUACUCCUCUCUCACCUGGCAGGGUGUUGUGUGCUGCAGUAGGGUGCUCUCCAUGUCUCUCCCCGUGGUGUGUGUGUCGGUGUGUGUGUCUGUGUGUGCCUGUGCAUGUAACCAGGUCAACGGUGAACUGCUCAUUGGUUGGUUGGUGAAGGGACCUGACAGUGUUGUCUUCUCUCCUAAUGUGCUGGUACAGGGUGUCUAUGUCUUCUCUCCUAAUGUGCUGGUACAGGGUGUCUAUGUCUUCUCUCCUAAUGUGCUGGUACAGGGUGUCUAUGUCUUCUCUACAGGGUAUGCCCUCCAUUCCCCCUUGGAAGCUCCCAUCUUUAUGGAGGAUGAAGGACAUCAUCCAGCCCCUCUCUCUCCUGGUGUUCUGGGUCUC